AUUAUUGUUCCCUACAUUAAAAUAUGUGCUUCUAUGUGUAGUGUGUGUGUGUAUACGUCUGUAUGUAUGUAUGUCUGUAUGUAUUAGUCUCAACGACAAAUGUAUAGGAUCAUUCAUUUUAAUCAAGUUUUAAUUGUUUAACUAUUUGAUCUUGUGUUAGAAUUUCACUUUUCAAGUUACUUUCUUCUAUCAUUAUCAUUGAUCAUCAUUAAUCCUCCUCUUCCUCAUCAUCAUAAUGGCUACUCGUAUACAAGAUUUUGGAAUUGAUGUAGCAAUUUCUAGAAAGUUGAAUAGUAGAUAUGAUCCAGAUGCAGAACGUCAAGUGAUGGGAUGGAUACAACAAUUAACUGGACAAAAUAUUCCUCUUGGACGUGAAAAUGUUCAAAGAACAUUAAAAAAUGGUCAAAUACUUGUUGAACUUAUCAAUGCUGUAUAUGAACGUACACCGAAUUUACCACCAAAAGCUCAAACAAUACGUAGACCAAUAAAUGCAAACACAGGAACUGCACCAUUUAAACAAAUGGAGAAUAUUCAACGAUUUCUUGAUUUAUCCGAAGCAUAUGGUGUACCACGUGAAUGUUUAUUUCAAACUGUUGAUUUAUUUGAAGCAAGAAACAUGGCACAAGUAUUAGCUACUCUAUUACAAUUAGGAACUGAAUGUCAACGUAAUGGAUUUCAAGGUCCUGUUUGUGGACCAAAACCUACUUAUUCACAACCACGUCAAUGGACAGAAGAGAAAUUACGUGCUGGUGAAGGGAUUAUUGGUUUACAAGCUGGAACAAAUAAAUUAGCAUCACAAAAAGGAAUGUCAUUUGGUGCUCAACGUCAUAUUGCUGAUAUACGAUGUGAUGAUAUGACACCAGAAGGUGCUGCUGUUUUAAGCUUACAAAUGGGUACAAAUAAAUUUGCAUCACAAAAAGGUAUGAGUUUCAGUAAUCAACGUCAUAUUGCCGAUAUAAAAUGUGAUGAUCUAUCACAAGAAGGUAAAUCUGUAAUAAAUCUACAAAUGGGCACAAAUCAAUUUGCUUCACAAAAGGGUAUGCGAAUUGGCAGUAGUCGUCAUAUCGCUGAUAUCCGUUGUGAUGAUAUAUCAAAAGAAGGUCAAAAUGUUAUCAGUUUACAAUAUGGUACUAAUAAAUUAGCUAGUCAAAAAGGUAUGCGUAUGGGUGGUCAACGUCAUAUUGCCGAUAUACGUUGUGAUAAUUUAUCUGCAGAUGGAGCAUCUGUUAUUGGUUUACAAAUGGGUUUACCACAAAAUCAAGUUGCAUCACAAGCUGGUAUGUCAUUCGGUGCUCAUCGACAUAUUAACGAUUCACAUUAAAAAAGAAGAAGAAGAAGAAGAGAAUAAUGAGGAGUAUUCUCAUGAAUUACUUUUCUGGAACUUCAUCAACACAUACGCUCUCCCCCCGUCGCCCUUUUCCCCUAUCACCAAAAUAAAAAAAAACUGCACAUAAUUAUUUAUUUUUCAAAGUGAAUAUUGACAAAAUUUCUUUAUUCUCUUUUCUCUUUUCUGGUUUAAUUAUUCAAACAAUCACAAAUUUAUUCUCAUUUCGAUAGGAAGAAAGAAAAAAAGAGGGAAGAUUUAAAAAAAAGAGAAAAAACACCAAAUUGGUUUUUUCUUCAGUUGAAUUCUACACAUACGUUUGUUUGUUUGUUUGUUUAUUUACACUCUCUCCUCAUAAAUAACCUUGAAUAAGUGACCUUCACGGGAAUACAUUCUCUAUUUAUUUAUCUAUUUAUUUAUUUAUUUAUUCAAAGAUUGUGUGCGUGUGUGUGUUUGUGUGCUCAACAUUGAAUUUAUUUAUCCGGCAAACAAAACUUGAUUAUUAACAAGAUUAUUUUGCUUAGUUGCUUCAUUCAAUGAAUAUUAGUCAGAAUUGUGUUACCAAGCUUCAUUUAAUGAAUGACCAUAUAUGUAAUAUAAUAGUUAUUAUUUCAAUAUGAAGUAAACAAUAAUGGAACAUAAUGGAAUCAUUGAAACACCCUUGAAACACAUGGUAUACAUACAUCCAUUACAUUGCAUACAUACAUAUUUGAUAAAACUUUUGUUUACUGGGGAAAAUAAUAAUGAUAAUAAUACUAUUUAUUAUUUCUAUUUGUGAAGCAUGCAAUUUAAAUAAAUGCUUUUAAUGGUGUUCUGAUUUGUACCCUUUACCCCUUAUCA